AUGGCAGUUCACGAUAUUCUACGGCCAACCCUGGUUCAAGCGGGAGCUUUCGCUCCGAUAGUAAAAGGACGAGACGUUAUCAUGCGCGCAGAGACGGGCUCAGGAAAGACUCUUGCCUAUCUGCUGCCUUUGGUGAACCGUAUCUACCAUCUUCAUGACAGAGCCCGGCAGGCGGCUCAGGAUCCUGAUGCCCCGAACCCUUUGCAGAGAAGCCGUCCUUGGGUCGUGCUGACCCCGACGAGCGAUCUUGCAGCUCAGGUGCUGGCCAUGCUCGAGGCCAUAGACUGCAAUCGAUUGGUAAACGCCCAGUCGCUAACACAGCUGUUCCGCUGGGAGGCGGUUAGACCAACAGGGUCACUGCUGCUGAGGGAGCAGGACAGCUUCGCUAGCAGUUUCCAAGAGCCUCGCCCGAAGGAGCGGACAACCCUGGUUGCCACGCCUGGGCAGAAGCCACUGGAAGAGUCACGAGGUCCGGAAUCCACGGCCUACGUCUCUUCAUCGCCGCGCAUCCGUUGGGGCUCAACGGACAUCGUGGUUACAACACCGCUCAAGUUCUGUGAGGAGCUGGCGCAUUUCAAGGAGGACGGUCUCUACCCAGCCUGUGUUGUGAUGGACGAGGCCGAUGCCCUCUUCCAAGGUUUCACGCGUGUGUAUCUUUUUGAGAUCUUUGGGGCCCUCAGACCUCGCCCGAAGAUUCGACAAGCAGACGAGGAGAGGCAGCGGCUUCCAGACAUGAUUCCGACGCAGUUUGUCUUUUCAGCGGCCACGAUGGUGCAUGUCGGCCCGUUUAGUGAAGGAAACAUGUUGAUCGAGCGCUUCUGUACAGCAGAUGUGGUGGAGACUCCGCAGUUCCACAAACUGCCUGCGGGCAUCAGCAUGGACAAUGUGCACUGGCUACCUGGCAGUGAUGAUUGGCAUCAGCGGGUCGAGCAACUGAUUGACGUGCUGCGCGAAACCCCGCGGAAGCGGACGCUGAUUUUCGUCAAUAGCCUUCACAACUGCCAUGUGCUGUUGCACUUCUUUCGCGACAACGGAUGGCCGGUGGUGAGCUUCAUGAAGGGACCUCGUGGUCGAAUGGGGCCUCGUUUCCGGGACGCUCAGAAGUUCGUGGAUGGCGAGGCAAGCAUUAUGGUGGCCACGGAGUUUGGCGGUCGAGGCAUCGACUGGCACCAGGUGGAUCAUGUCAUCAAUUUCCAGAUGCCGACAGGUGCAGUCUGCUGGCUUCACCGUGUCGGCCGCACAGGUCGGAUGGGCCAAGGCGGCCUUGUCACAAACUUCAUCGGAAGCAAGGACCAGGUCUUGUCGAAGCUCAUUCGAGAUCAACUGCAGGCUGGUGAGGACUUGCACACCCUCUUUUCGAGAAAGAGGUCGUUGCGCAAACGGCUUCGCAACCGCCCAGAGGAUGAUGGUCCGGCCUCAGAUGAGGAAGGCGCCGACGGAGCUGUGAGCUUGGAUGGGGGCCUCGAGAUUCUCGGAAAGGCCGACCGCGUCCAGGGCGCUGAGGGUGAGUUACUGGGUUAUCUGACGUCUCCGGUGCUGGAAGAGAGCUCUUCACGUCUGCCACGCGCGAAAGCCCGAAAGGCAACAGCCGCUGCAGAAGCGUCUGCAGCAAGUCCGCAGGACGGGGUCACCUCGGGCGACGGCUUGUCAGACAUCCGAGAGCGGCUCCUGGCAAGCGAGUCCGAGUCUGACAACGAGGAGAGGGAGGACUCUGGUUCAGACGAAGAGGGAGAAAGAAGCCAUGGCAAGCCUGGGGGUCAAGAAGAUCGGGCCCCCUUCAGCUGGUCACAGCUUGCCAAGGAAGGGGAGGCUGCGUUCGGUCCGGUGCCUACCCGACAGCUGGAGCGGGCUGGGGGUGGCGACCGAAUACAGGCUGCUACAUUCGGAGGGCGCUACACGGACCAAGACCGCCUGCCGGGCUCUCGGCGGAUUGCUCGGAGGAAGGCACUGGGCGUGCGGACGAAGAACCGGCUGGAUGCAGGUCGGAACUAUGCGUCGCCGGAUGACGACCUGCUGGUUUUCAGUUUUCCCACGCCGUUCGCCAUGCUGCGACUCGCUUCGGCCGUGCGUCGGUCUGCAGGACGAGGCUUGGUGACUGCAACGAGGCCAAAACAGAUAAAGCGCUUCUAUGAGGAGGUGUCCAUCGAGGAAGUCGGUGGUCUCUUUCGCGUGCUUCUGGACGGCAAGGUAGUCAAGACGCCAAAAGGCACUACCCUGGACUUGCCUGGGGUCGGCGUUGCACACCGCGUGGCUCGAGAAUGGAGGGCACAAGGUGAGAACCUUGAACCCCUGGAGAUGCCCUUCACGACCCUAGGGUGCACAGCGCUGGACAUCACCCAGAAAGACCCAGAGGGUUGCAUUGACCGCAUGAUGCCUUUUCUAGAGAUGGACACCGUAUGCUUCCAAGUCGACGAGGAGUUCCUGGCAGAGCGACAGGAGCAGGAAUGGCGUCCACUGCGGGAAUGGUUCCAACAGGAGUACGCUGUGAAGCUUGGCGUGGCGACAGGACUUGGCUCGCCGGGUCACCCCGAGGAAACCAUGCUUCGGGUGGCUGAGCAGCUCUUGACUCGUGAUGCCUGGGAGUUAUGUGCUUUGGAAAUUGCGACGCAGACUGCCAAGUCGCUCAUCGUCGCCAGCGCGCUGCUGGAUCGCAGCACCUCCACUGAGGAAGCUAUGCGUUGGGCACAACUGGAAGAGAACUUCCAAAUAGAGCGUUGGGGACUGGUCGAAGGCGACCAUGACGUGACCGAAAGUGAGAUGCUGAAGUGGUUUGGGGCCUGCAGACAGUUUGGGAAGGUGCACGCAUGGGUCGUGUCCUUUGAAAUGCUCCGAUUCUCUUCUGCCAUGGCUCCAGAGAAGAACCUGAACUCACGUCCGUACGCUCUGCAUCGCCUGGACUUCCUGGCACGGGAGUAUGCCGGGAACGGCAAGACGAGGUGUUUUGUGCUGUCCUUGGCACCAUUUGUACUGCUGGGAGACAUGGCUUUAGUUGCUCCGUUGGCUCGGCUUCCGCCGUCGAGCACCUCCGCCGAGAUAGCACAUGUCCUGAUACGCGAUGGCAUCGUUGUCUUGGAUCAGUGGACCUCGCCGGAGACAGUGGCAGCAGCCUUGAAGGAGCUCGAGACGGGCCGCAUGUCCGAAGGGCGCAACGUGCGCUUCGGAGGCAGUACGCAGCUACUGAAGUGGCCAUUGGAUGCUGAGAAGGAGCCGGCGUUACGGAGCCUUGCCCAAGAUGCGGUGUUACAGGAAGCCAUUGAGCUGGCCCGAAGGGCGCAUGGCGAGGGCUCGCACCACUCCAUCGCCUGGGAGGUUCGGCUCUUGAUCCUGGCACCCGGCACCCCAGAAGGUGACAUGCACCGCGAUGUCGUGGACACUUCGAAGGUCCCGCUGGAACGACCGCUGCAAUGGGGCCUAAACACCAUAUGGGCCGUGGAUGACUUCACGAUGGACAACGGAGCCACGAGAUUCGUGCCCGGAAGCCAUUCUGGAAAGUAUCCUCAGGGUCACUGGUCGGGUGAACAUCCAGAGGCACAGGAGGCUGGUGCGGCCUCGAUGCCAGCGGGCUCGGUGGUUGUUUAUUAUGCCAGCACUUUACAUGGAAGUGGUGAGAAUCGAUCGCCAAAGCCGCGAACAGGACUGAACUUCAAUUAUGCCUUUGUUGACGAAGCCGGUGCCAGACCGUUUGACUGGGGCUUCUGA